AGUUUCUGAUUCUGCCCAAGGUUUGCCAAGCAGUUGAUGCAGAAAGUCAAGAGGGCUCGCCUGGAAAACGAAACUUCAGGAAGUUGGAGAAGUUCCUUGACCAGCUCAAGAGGAAGGCCGAGGAUGACGGCGGUGGACGCGUUGUUAGAGAGCGCCGAGGUCGUGGAGAUGGAGGAAGUGGCCUCGUCACAAUUCCACGUGGAGAAGCACUCUUGGGAGGGGCUGCGCGACAUCAUCCAUGGCAGCCGCAAGUACACGGGGAUGAUCGUCAACAAGGCGCCCCACGACUUCCAGUUUGUCCGGAAGACUGAGGAGUCCAGCCCUCACUCUCACCGCUUAUAUUAUCUCGGAAUGCCAUACGGGAGCAGGGAGAACUCCCUCCUCUACUCCGAGAUUCCCAAAAAGGUACGGAAGGAAGCCCUGCUCUUGUUGUCAUGGAAGCAGAUGCUGGAUCACUUCCAGGCUACCCCUCACCACGGGAUGUACUCCAGGGAGGAGGAGCUGCUGAGGGAGCGUAAGAGGCUGGGGGUCUUCGGGAUCACCUCCUACGACUUCCACAGUGAGAGCGGCCUCUUCCUCUUCCAGGCCAGCAACAGCCUCUUCCACUGCCGGGACGGAGGCAAAAACGGCUUCAUGGUCUCACCGAUGAAGCCGUUGGAACUCAAGACCCAAUGCUCAGGGCCCCGGAUGGAUCCCAAAAUCUGUCCGGCCGAUCCCGCUUUCUUCUCGUUCAUCAACAACAAUGACCUCUGGGUAGCAAACAUCGAGACGGGCGAAGAGCGCCGGCUAACAUAUUGCCAGAAAGGUUUAUCCAGCGUGUUGGAUGACCCCAAAUCGGCCGGCGUGGCCACGUUUGUCAUUCAGGAGGAGUUUGAUCGGUUUACAGGGUACUGGUGGUGUCCCACUUCAUGCCAAGAAGGCCCUGAGGGAUGGACAACGUUACGGAUCUUGUACGAGGAGGUGGACGAGUCGGAAGUGGAGAUCAUUCACGUUCCUUCUCCUGCCCUGGAAGAACGGAAGACGGACUCGUACCGGUAUCCCAGAACAGGCAGCAAGAACCCCAAGAUCUCGUUGAAGCUGGCAGAAUUUCAGAUCGACAGCCAAGGGAAGAUCGUCUGCGCCCAAGACAAGGAGCUGGUACAUCCGUUUGCCACGAUGUUCCCACAGGUGGAGUACAUCGCGCGGGCUGGAUGGACCCGGGAUGGGAAAUACGCCUGGGCCAUGUUCCUGGACAGACCCCAGCAGCAGCUCCAGCUGGUCCUCCUCCCCCCCGCGCUCUUCAUCGCUGUCCCAGAAAGCGAGGAGCAGCGCCUGGAACUCGCCAAAGCCGUGCCUGAGAACGUCCAGCCCUUCAUUGUCUACGAGGAGGUCACCGACGUGUGGAUCAAUGUCCACGACAUCUUUUACGCUUUCUGCCAGCCUGAGGGGAAGGAAGACGAGCUCUGCUUCAUCCGCGCCAACGAAUGCAAGACCGGGUUCUGCCAUCUGUACAGGGUCACAGCCGUCCUCAAGAGGGACGGCUACGACUGGACCCGGCCCUACGUCCCAAGCAAAGGGGACUUCCAAUGCCCGAUCAAGGAAGAGGUCGCCCUAACUAGUGGUGAAUGGGAAGUUCUGGCCAGGCACGGAUCCAAGAUCUGGGUGAACGAAGAAACGAAGCUGGUGUACUUCCAGGGCACGAAGGACACCCCUCUGGAACAUCACCUCUACGCAGUCAGCUAUGAGACCCCCGGGGAGAUCGUACGGCUCACCUCUCUGGGUUUCUCUCACAGCUGUUCCAUGAGCCAGAAUUUCGACAUGUUCAUCAGCCACUACAGCAGCGUCAGCACUCCCCCGUGUGUGCACGUUUACAAGCUCGGCGGGCCGGAGGACGACCCCCUCCACAAGCAGCCGAAGUUCUGGGCCAGUAUGAUGGAGCCAGCCAGCUGCCCUGCCGAUUACAUCCCCCCUGAGAUUUUUCACUUCCGCACCCAGUCAGACGUCGAGCUCUACGGGAUGGUGUACAAGCCCCACAACCUCCAGCCCGGGAAGAAGCAUCCCGCUGUGCUCUUCGUGUACGGAGGACCUCAGGUCCAGUUAGUGAAUAACUCCUUCAAAGGCAUCAAGUACCUGCGACUCAACACACUGGCGUCCCUUGGCUAUGCCGUGGUGGUGAUUGACGGGCGGGGAUCUUGCCAGAGAGGCCUUAAAUUCGAAGGGGCGCUGAAGAACCAGAUGGGUCAGGUGGAGAUCGAGGACCAAGUGGAAGGUUUACAUUACGUCGCAGAGAAAUACGGGUUUAUCGACCUCAGCCGCGUCGCCAUCCACGGCUGGUCGUACGGGGGAUUCCUGUCCCUGAUGGGGCUCAUUUGUAAGCCCCACGUCUUCAAGGUUGCUAUAGCAGGGGCUCCCGUCACGGUCUGGAUGGCGUACGACACCGGCUACACGGAGAGGUACAUGGACGUCCCGGAGAACAACCAGCAAGGCUAUGAGGCGGGCUCAGUGGCACUGCAUGUCGACGAGCUCCCCAACGAACCCAACCGGCUGCUUAUUCUCCACGGGUUUCUGGAUGAAAACGUGCACUUUUUCCACACCAAUUUCCUGAUCUCCCAGCUCAUCCGUGCCGGGAAACCUUAUCAGCUACAGAUCUACCCCAACGAGCGACACAGUAUUCGCUGCCCCGAGUCGGGGGAGCAUUACGAAAUCACGCUGCUGCACUUUCUCCAAGAAUACCUCUGAGGGCAGAGUCCUGCCGCAGCCCCUCGCGGAUGCCGGCCACUCCCUCCUCCGUUCCUGG